UCAUACCCGUCGAUUAGCAGCCAUACUAGAAGGAAUAGUACACAGAAACGUCCAUACACAGCGGUGUACUAAUUCCAUAUCCACGUCGGCUUUUUCUUUAGGACUGUACGCUGGAGCUAAGAGAUUCUGUUCCGGUCCUUAAAAAUAAUGUGUAAUCUACGUGCUGAGUACUUUAUAUCACCUGCGGUCAUCCAAUGGUGGGAGGAGCGCGGGCGCCUGUGGGGUCCCAUUGCCUCUGGCGCCCUAUUCGGAGCUGGCUGGUGGUUCUGGGUUGACGCAGUCAGUAUCAGCCACCAUAAGGUUCCUUUCGACCAGUACAUCCCCGGCAUCAUCGCCACCCUGGCCCUCAUCAUGAUCAACUGCAUCCGGCGAGACGACAUGGACGACUACGACCCCUUUGAUGAUGCGCAGUUCUGCAGGUCGCGGUUGUGGUUGUUCCUGUCGUACGUGGUUUCCUUCGCGUCCAUCCUGGCGGCCGUGUGGGUGAUGCUGGCCCACUACGCUCACAAUCCGGACUUGUCAGCCAGCGAAAAGUGGCCUGGAGCGGCCGGUAUCUUCCAAGUGACGUUCAUCCUAGGCAGCGGGCUGCUCUUCUUCGUGUCCAGAACACCCGCGGAUAGCGGCGGUUACGCAGCAUUCUGAUGAUGACCCAUGGGUCAGCAGGCGGGCGGCGGUCCAACAUGUCCGCCGAGUACUAACCAUAUCGUAAUGAUAAGCUACUAUUACGGAGUGCUUGCAAGCGCAGCGCUAGCGCCGGGUUAUCAUGGUGACACUCCUCGCAUGACUGACUUGACACAAACGGACCCACAGCAGCACAGCUCGCACUUUGCCAAAGGCAAGAGGUCGACAUGGG